AUGAAUUUGAAGCAGUUGGAAGAAAGAUUGAAUUCUUUCAAUCAAAAAUAUUUGACUGAGUCUUCUUCAUCAAUGUCGACAGUGACAAAGUAUGUUACUGUUUCGAUAGAUCACCUGACGUCAGAAAGUCCAAAUGUUUCAGAUUUAUCCUUUAGCGCCAGAUAUGAAACAAAUCGUAUAAAGUCUUUCCAGGACAAACUCCGAAGUAUUUCGACUCCAACAAUGGAUACUUUGAUGUCCGGGUAUUUUUUUCAUUUAGUUUCAGUAGUGUUGGUAUCUUUGUUUCUAGUCCUGUUAACAAUCUUUAUCUUGGAUCUAAUCAAUGGUCCUCAAGAUAUAGAUAUCAGAGCAGAGUCAACUCGCUCACAAGUUUCAUCUAGUGGUCAUGAAAAGACAAGGAGCCAGUUGAACAAUGGCGAUAACAACACAGAGUGUGGUGGCUACAAUUUCGCCGGUAAAGUGAACGAAACAGUUGGCACAAAGAACGGUGUGGUGGUUAAUGUAAGUGACUACAGCCUCAGAAAGCAAAGCACCAAUCUAGACUCCAAUGAGUUAGAUUACGUAGAUUUCUGGGAUGAAGAUUAUACUGUUUCGGAAAGAAGCGUUAAUAGGAUUCACCACAGAUUGUUCGGUCAUAGUCUGAUCGAACUUUCUAACUCAAAAGAAAAUCUACGAUCCAAAGCUAAGAAGGUUCACCAUGCCAAUAAUGAAACGUUCAACAGCUCAGAUGUAUUUAUUGAAACCCCUGUCAAAUGUAAGCCCAAACCUUUGGGUACAAGAAGCUUUGAUGAGAGAGCCGAGACCUCAAGAACCAAAGCGAAUAGGUCUUCAUUGAUAUUUCCAAUCUUUAUAGCAGACAGCAACGGGGAGGAAGAGUUCUUCAUGAACUUUCAACACGAACACAGGUUGUCCAGAAAGAUGCAGUUUUUAAUACAAAAUAUGGUCGAACCAAUUGACUAUUUCAAUUACCAUGAGCUAGUGACCAUAGACUGGGCAAAAUUCAACGAAGAGGAAUUUUCAGAAGAGAGAUUCAAGGGGGAUUUGAACGUCCUUGAUGAAGGAACUAUAUCCAUAUUCAGAUUUCUUGUUUCUAAUGAAUAUAAUGGAGAUGCAAUAGGGUUGAAGAAAUAUAUUGCCUUAAUAAACGAGAAGGUAGAUUUCUUCAUCGAAAAAGUUCUUGAAUCAUUUAAUUACAGCUUAUUCACUUUGAUUAGAGAUAUUUUGACUUUUGGUGAUAAGAUUAAUUUGGCACAAUUGAAAAAGAUCUUUGAAAUGAUAGGUCUAGGCGAUACAGACUUGGAAAACAUUGAAAUUAUCAAUAACAUCAUUAUAAUUGUGAACGCAAUAGACUCCAAGCUGAUGUUUCUUUUUUUCCAAUUGGAGUUUCUAGAGUAUCCAAAUUUCAGUGAACCUAGGAAAUUGUCACAUUUGAAAAUAUUAAAGUACUACAUUGCCUUCAACAAAGAAAAGUUAUUGAAUGACAUCAAUUUAGUUAUUGUGAUAACUUCACAGUUCUCGAAGAUGGUUCAGGUAAUAAUCAAUUCCCACAGUCCCAAAGAGCUAGCUGAAUUGAUUGACACCUAUUUACUAUUCAAUUCUUUUUUGAGCAAAAUCAACAUACCCCCCUCGCUAGGAUUGAAUAUUCUUGACAAUUUAGUUCUAGUUCAUGAGAAGUUGAAGGUGAAAACAACAUCACACCUUCCUGCUCCGGAGUUCAAGAUUGAUUCAAUUGACAAGUUGGAUUGA